AUGCCCAAAAAAUACAAAACGAAAAACAAGAAAAACGAUGACUUGGAGUCCGACGAAGAACUCGAGGCUCUGAAGAAUCAAUACAAUGAAGACUUCAAUAAAACUGAUGAUAAGCCUCAAGAAGCGAAGGAAGCGGUUCCAGAAGUGGCCGAAGAAGUGACUAUACCUAAGACUAAGGUUAAGACUAAAGGGAAGGCAAAAUCAGGUGCCAAAGGAAAGGCUAAACCAGAGACCAAACCAGAGGCCAAACCGGAGGCCAAACCAGAAGCCAUAGAGGAGUCCGAACCGGAGAUCGAAGAAACGACUGAAUCAGAUGUCAAAGAGAAGUCUAAACCCGAAACAAAAGCUGAGGUGAAAGAGACGACUGAAGUGACGGAAAGUAAUGAAGACAUGGAUGUGAUUGACAGCAAAAUGAAGAAACUGACGCAUAAAGAGAAGCGGAAACUAAAAUUACUAAAACAGAGAGAAGCAGAAGAAGCGGAACUGAUUCCACAACUGGACACUAACUUCACUGUCUCGACGUCUAUCACACAAUCGGCACAAAUAAUAGACAAUUCACUAAAAGUGGACUGUUUUACGAUAAGCGCCGCCGGAAAGGAGCUAUUAGUGAACGCUUCGCUCUCUAUAACAAUGGGUCGACGCUAUGGUCUGAUUGGACCCAACGGUUACGGAAAGACAACUCUUAUGCGACAUAUCGCCGACAAGAGAGCUCUUCAUUUACCAAAAGAAUUGGAUGUAUUGCUGUGCGAACAGGAAGUAAUGGCUGAUGAAACCAGUGCUGUGAAUGUUGUGCUCAGAAGCGAUACGGCGAGAGUUGCACUCCAGGAAGAAUUGGAUCAAUUGUUGGCUAAAGAGGGCGACCAAAACAGUGACCGAAUCAAUGAGAUAUACACUCAGUUGAGCGCAAUGGGCGCCGAUAGCGCGGAAUCGCGAGCCCGACGUAUAUUAGCCGGUUUGGGAUUCACCACACGUGAGAUGCAGGACAGGGCCACUCAUCACUUCAGCGGCGGCUGGAGAAUGAGGGUCUCUCUCGCGCGCGCCCUCUUCAUGGAGCCCACGCUUCUUCUGCUCGACGAACCGACCAAUCAUUUAGACCUGAAUGCCGUCAUUUGGUUAGACAACUAUCUCCAGAACUGGAAGAAGACACUGAUUGUGGUCUCACACGACCAGUCAUUUCUGGAUAACGUUUGCACAGAUAUUAUACAUUUAGACCAACAAAAGCUCUUCUAU